CCUCACUCUCUCAGUCUCUCUCUUCACUUGAACACUUUGGUCCCUUGCUCCUCUCCCUCUCCCUUACUCCUACACAGCUCUGUCACACACUUAUUCCGGCUCUCCCUGGGCACCAUCUCCACUAUCGGGGAUCCUCAUUGCAUCUGCGUUUUGCCAGGUGGACGCACUCCCCGCAGUCACCAUUUCCACCCCGGAGAGUUCCACGCUGGCAGCGCAGCCCCUUCCCAGGCUGAGCAUCGGGCGGAAGACCCUGGUGGCAGCUGCUGUGGGGGUCAUGCUGGUCCUGGUUCUGGUCGUCCUCAUCCCUGUGUUGGUCAGCUCUGUUGGCACAGGUGGUAUAGAUGACAGCACGAGCCACUACGAGAUGCUGGGCACCUGCCGCAUGGUUUGUGACCCAUUUCCCAGCACGGGCACCACGGGCCAAGGUGUGCACACAGGCACAGAUACAGCACCUACAGUCUUACAGGUGGAAAACGAGGACGAUCUGAGUGAUCACAGCAUCGGUCCACCGCUGCCCACGUACAGUGCUCACGGCCCACAAGGGAAACCAGGACGUCCCGGCAAGCCCGGACCCCCGGGUCCACCCGGAGAGCCAGGACCACCAGGACCUAAAGGACCACCCGGAGAUGCUGUGGACAUUGUACGGACAGGGAUCCUAGGUUUAGGGGGUAAAGGGGCAGUUAGUACAACUACAUACAAUACCACUCCUCGGGUGGCAUUUUAUGCAGGACUACGAAACCCUCAAGAAGGUUAUGAUAUACUGCGCUUUGACGACGUGGUGACUAACAUUGGUGGUAACUAUGAAGGCGCGACGGGCAAAUUCACCUGUAAGAUCCCUGGCACCUACUUUUUCAUCUACAAUGUGCUGAUGAGGGGAGGAGACGGCACUAGCAUGUGGGCUGACCUGAUCAAAAAUGGCCUGGUCAGGGCCAGCGCCAUUGCCCAGGACCAGGACCAGAGUUAUGACUAUGCCGGCAACAGUGUCAUACUUCAUCUGGAUGCAGGUGAUGAAGUUUUCAUAAAGCUGGAUGGGGGAAAGGCUCAUGGGGGCAACAGCAACAAGUACAGCACCUUCUCAGGGUUUAUUCUCUAUGCCGACUGAAGACUGGACGGGACGAGGGGUGAAAGGUCACAGCCAGCAGACGAUCACUUUCUGAUGUGGAGUAAGGUUAAUGUUACCCACAGCCACUGAUCCACAGCUAGAUAUUUAAGAUCAGCAUUAAUACGGUAAUAAUAGCUGUGGAUUUGUGGCUGUCGGUUAACUGUCAUGCCCACAUGCCAUUGUAUACAGGGUGCCUAUGCUUCUAUUCUGAUGGACACGAGCAACGUAACGGUGUCAGUCACUGCCAUGUGUCAUAUUGAGAUACGGUAACAACUCUGACAGUGCAGAAGCUUUGCCAUCAUUUUUGAGCUGUCAUUUAAAAUUUAAGUCUGAAAAUCCCACAGUCGUGGUGACUACAGUGUUUGUAAAUAUGCUGUUUGGAUUUAUGUUGCGAUUUUUUUUCUUUCUCAUGCUCUUUGUAUUAUACAGUGUUGUGCAUCAGUGACUGACGAAUCAUAUGUUGUCACAAGAAAUGAUAAUUUGUCAUAAACUGGAUGCCACAAUGAGAUUUUGGUGCUUGAAAGGCCGCCAGUGUCACAAAAUGUAUCGUGUCGCAUAUCAUAUCAGCUCAUCAUAUUUAAUGUUAGUGUAUAAAAUAUAAAUUUGAUAUUGAAUCUUAAUGUCUGAACACAGGAAGAGUAGUUUCAGCACUGCACACACUGUAUUUCCUAUUGUGUGUCCUUAAAAACAGCUAAACUGUUAAUAGAUAGUUGUACAAUUUUACCACGUAGCGGUUAAAGUGCUUGCUCGUAAAGCUUUAUUUCAUUAAUUCAUGCAUGCAACGACUGCUAAAAUGUUAAAAAAUAGCGAUUUUAAACAAAUUUUAAAUAGCUACAUGUAGGAAGCAUUUACCGCUGUUGCUUUUCAUUUUAAUGUCCAUGGUUUUUCAUUAAAAGUUCAAUUUCUUUUGCA